GCCGGCAUGCACCCGACCGGACACCAGAGUAAGGAGGAGCUGGGCCGCGCCAUGCAGGUAGCGAAGGUCUCCACCGCCUCCGUGGGGCGCUUCCAGGAGCGCCUGCCCAAGGAGAAGGCGCCCCGGGGCUCGGGCAAAAAGAGGAAGUUCCAGCCCCUUUUCGGGGACUUUGCAGCUGAGAAAAAGAACCAGUUGGAGCUACUUCGCAUCAUGAACAGCAAGAGGCCUAAGCUAGAUGUGACGAGGGCCACCAACAAGCAGAUGAGAGAGGAGGACCAAGAAGAGGCCGCUAAGAGGAAGAAAAUGGGCCCAAAGGGCAAGAGAAAAGGAGGCCGACAGGGUGCUGGGGGCAAGAGGAAAGGUGGCCCGCCCAGCCAGGGAGGGAAGAGAAAAGGAGGUUUGGGAGGCAGGACACAAUCCCGGCCGCCUGGUUUGGGUAGCAAGAGGAAAGGAGGGCAGCGCCAAGGAGGAAAGAGGAGGAAGUAAUAACUUUCAUUGGAAGGGAUGUCCCUGUUCCAUAAAAGAAGAAUGUACUGUAUAUGCAAAAUGUUAAAUUCUAGAGGGUGGAAAAUGAGGUGCCUGUUGCCUUCAUUGAACUUGCCAGUUGAAGGGAUACAACUGCUCUCCACAGAUGACUGUACGAGUUAACCAAGAACUUAGGUGGAGAUAAGGGUAUGUUUGAGGGCCUAAGAGUUGGGGAGAUAAUUUGAAGCCAUGAAAGAAUUCUAUUCUUUGAGUUAUCUUGCAUUUACAUUUUGGAUAUGGACUUAGGAGUUGGUCAUGUUUCAGGAAGUUAAUAGAUGAUUUGCACAUUCCUGCGUUAUUUUUAUUAUAACAUUUGUAAGCAGAGAGGAAGUUAUUUUCUAACUGGAUUUACAAGUAACUAUUAUAAAAGUUAUUUAAUAAAAAUGUGUAAUGCUUUUAACUUUUUGACUUGGUAGAGUGGACAUGAUGCCAUUGACUUG